AUGGCCUGCCACUCCUGCGUCGUUGGCUUCAGCAGCCUCAGCAGCUGUGAGAUGACCCCCGCAGGCAGUCCCCGGCCUGGGACCUCAGGAUGGGUCAGCUGCGGGGCCCCUGGGCCAGGCUUCAGCUCCCGCAGCCUCACAGGCUGCUGGCCAACUGGCACCAUCCCCAAGGUGACCGUGAACCCCAGCCUGCUGGAGCCCCUGGACCUCAAGGUGGACCCAGCCGUCCAGCAGCAGAAGACCCAGGAAAAGGAGGAGAUGAAGGUCCUCAAUGACAAGUUUGCCUCCCUGAUUGGAAAGGUGCAAGCCCUGGAACAGCGCAACCAGCUGUUGGAGACCCGCUGGAGCUUCCUACAGGGCCAGGAUUCGGCCACCUUCGACCUUGGGCCCCUCUAUCAGGACUACCAGGGCCGGCUGCAAGAGGAACUGCGAAAAGUGAGCCAGGAGCGGGGAAAGCUGGAGGCCAACCUGCUGCAGGUGCUCCAGAAGGUGGAGGAGUUUCGAAUCAGGUAUGAGGAUGAGAUCUCUAAGCGCACAGACAUGGAAUUCACCUUUGUCCAGCUGAAGAAGGACCUGGAUACAGAGUGUCUUCGACGGACCGAACUGGAAACCAAAUUAAAAGGCCUGCAGAGCUUCGUGGAGCUGAUGAAAACCAUCUACGAACAGGAGCUGAAGGACCUGGCAGCCCAGGUGAAGGAUGUAUCGGUGACCGUCGGCAUGGACAGCCGCUGCCACAUCGACCUGAGUGGCAUCGUGGAGGAGGUGAAAGCCCAGUAUGAUGCCAUCGCAGCUCGCAGCCUGGAGGAGGCCGAGGCAUACUCCCGGAGCCAGCUGGAGGAGCAGGCCGCCCGUUCGGCUGAGUUUGGGAGCAGCCUCCAGAGCAGCCGCAGCGAGAUCGCUGACCUCAAUGUGCGCAUCCAGAAGCUCCGAUCCCAGAUCCUCUCCAUCAAGAGCCAUUGCCUGAAACUCGAGGAGAACAUCAAGGCAGCUGAGGAGGAGGGUGAGCUGGCCUUCCAGGACGCCAAGGCCAAGCUGGCCCAGCUGGAGGCCGCCCUGCAGCAGGCCAAGCAGGACAUGGCACGGCAGCUGCGCGAGUACCAGGAGCUCCUGAACACCAAGCUGGCCCUGGACAUCGAGAUCACCACCUACCGCAAGCUGGUGGAGGGCGAGGAGAGCAGGAUGGACUUGCCCUCGGCCACCAUGGUCAGCACUGUGCAGUCCAGAUCCAGAACCGCUGCCUCCAAGUCAGGCUUCUGCAAGGCCUCCUCUCGGAAGAAGAAGAACAUCAAAGGCCAUGUGAUCAAAAUCACCGAAAUGUCAGAGAAGUACCUCUCGCAGGAGUCGGAGGCCUCGGAGUAAGGCAGCUGGACCCCAGGAACCCCAGGUCACUCCCACUGCAGCAGGAGGGACUUAAGCUAGACUCAAGAAAGCAGCUUGGAGCCUCUAGGUUGGGAGGGGAAGCAAAACCUGAUACCGAACAGAGAGGAGGAGGGUCCAAAACCAUGACUAUGUUUUUGUGAGUAGCAAGAGUUGGGUGGGAGAGGACGUCACAAGCAAUUCAAGGCCCCUCCACUCUGUGUCACUAUCUCACAGUCCCGCCCUUCCAACCUUCUGGCCAGAAGUUCUCCUGGCUGGGUAAACUGGAACUUGGGGUCAGUUUUGCCUCACCUCCUCAUUCCUCUGAGGCUCUUCCUCCCAUGUACGGCUCUGAUCAAGGUCUCUCUGACUUUUGCCCAAUGCUUGCCCUAAACUCAUAUCUCAAGUCUUGCCCUGCCGCUGCCUUGGAACUGAGGGUGGUGCCCCCAGUCAGCCAGCCCAGGCUAUGGGCUGCGGCUGAGGAGGACAGCUGGGCCCUACCCUGUACCUGUAGUUCCUGGGGAGGCUGGGUGCUGAAUACCCUUUGGCUUUCCUGUACCAUGUGAGCUCCCCAGAGACCUGACAGUAUUAAGGAGCUGGGGGAGAAGGGUCCCUGGUUGUUUGGGACCUGACCCUGGACCUCUGAGAUCAGCCUGAACACCUGUACCCUCCACCCCUGCUCCCAUGGAUCCCUCCCAGUAGGUCAGAGUCAGAACUAGACAGGCUGCCCCAGCUAGAUCUCAGCACGUUUUCUAGAAGCUAUUCUUGCCAUAUUCAACUCCCUGGGAGUGACAGCCAGAUGGAAGCCUGAGAGCAGGCAGGAGAAUUAGAUCCUCCCUGCCAUUCUGGGGUUCACCAUCCAGUCUGGGAUCUGAGUUUCUGCCCUGCGCCCAGGUGUUUCCCAGCCUAAACACCUGGCUUUGGUGUGACAGGCCCUGGAUUCCCCUGGCCCCACCCCUAUCAUGAAAUCCCAGGCCCAUUUCCCAUGAAUUCCACUUCUCAGGGCCUCUGUUCUACUCUCCAUUGGGCCAAACAGCCAGGCCCUCCCCUCCUUUGCAUUCAUGGAGGAGCCCAGGAACAUCCUACAUCUGGGGAGUUAUAUAUCCUUCUUUUCUUUCCCCUCCAGUCCUUUCCUCCCCCCCAUACCCAUUCUACCUGCCUCUGGUGGGCCAUGAAGAAGUCAUAGUCCAGGCAGGUCUGGGAGCUUCUGAGCACUUGAGGUCAGGCCGUGGAGCCCCAAUGACAGCUUUAAAAGGACUCAACCAAAGAGAAAAAUUCCACAUCCAGCAAGAAAAUCUGGCGUUGGUAGGACUGCCCCUAUUUCCUGUCUUGGCUCUCACCUUUGGGGCAUGCAGGUGGAUCCUAGUAGCUCCCACCUCCCAUUCUACAAGCUACCUUCUCUCCCCUCUCAUCUCCCCUACCUGCCCCUUGCCUCACCUCCUCUUGCAGCCCAUCUCUGAGUCAUUCAUCUCAUUUUCCAGGACAAGGUGGUUCAAGGCCUUGGCUCCUCCUAGGCCUCAUGGCCCUUCAGGCCUGUAGGGGGUGCUGACAGGCUACUGACUCUCCCAGGCCAGCGGUAAUUCAGAUGUGUACUCAUCCUGAAGUCCCAAAAGAGGGUGCUGCCAAUUGCUGCUUUUUCUCAGGCUCUUUGUUGGUUUCCAAGGGAGCAAAUCCUCCGUGGGGAUACAAGAUAUAUAAAGUAUAUAUUAUUUUUUCAUAACUUAUGUGGCUUUUAACUUAUUGCUUCCCUUCCUGUUUCUGCAUAAUCAGUGCUAUAUGUUCUAUCUCGAUAGAUAACACAUUCCAGCCACCCCACCUGACUGGCUGACUAUCAUGGGGCAAUGUCCCCUUCUCCCUGCCAAGGGAUGAAUAAAGUGUUGAA